ACGUGGUUGCACACUCGACUCGAAACAGACGCUGAAAAAAAAAAAAAACAGUCUUUCACACCGCCGAGUUGCCUCUGUAUCGCAGCUUUCCUCCUGAACCGGCCCUGAAUGGGUAACGGUGUAUUUCUAGAUACAGCUCGAUUGCAUUGAAAGCAGCAGAAGAGCCAUCUUUUUUUGUUGUCGGUAGACUAAAGCGACUUCCGGCGCCGAGGAGGAAAAAACGGUCCCCCCUUUUUUUUAAAGCGUCAUUUAAGCCGGUCUUUUAAAACGUGCUGGUUUUUUUGUAGAGAGGGGGUGGGGGGUUUACAAUAACAUCGAUCGUGGUUUUAAAUGUUAAUUUAAAUGUUGUAGCUCAACAGCGAAUUUUCUCGACCGCGAUCAAAUCAGCGACUUUCCAGUUGCUGAACACACAAACAGAAACACGGCUUCAGCACCGAGGUAGCAUCGGAGGAGGAAAACCCCCCAAAACUCGGAGGACAUGGAGGCGACCAAAGCGGGAGGCGUCAUAGCCUACAUCAGCUCGACCAGCUCCGGGCCCGAGUCGUGCCACAGCGGCGACUCCAACGGCGGCUACCAGUCGGCCUCGCCGCCGCACGGCGCCGCGGCCGGCCGCCGCCGCCGGCAGCCGCGUCAGCGGGCCGACCUCAAACCCCCGAGCGGCGGCCAAAACCUUCCAGGGACUCAGAAGAGCGGUCGCUCCUCCUCCGCUGCGAAAUGUGGCUUCACGAAAAUCAACGGCCUGGUGCUGCUGUGUAAGGUGUGCGGCGACGUGGCCUCUGGCUUCCACUACGGCGUCCACGCCUGCGAGGGCUGCAAGGGCUUCUUCAGGAGGAGCAUCCAGCAGAACAUCCAGUACAAGAAGUGCCUUAAGAACGAGAGCUGCCCCAUCAUGAGGAUCAACCGGAACCGCUGCCAGCAGUGCCGCUUCAAGAAAUGCAUGAUGGUCGGGAUGUCCAGGGACUCUGUGCGCUUCGGCCGGAUCCCGAAGCGUGAGAAGCAGCGCAUGCUGCUGGAGAUGCAGAGCGCCAUGAACAACAUGAUGAACAACAGCCAGCUGCACAGCCAGCUGCUCAGCAGCCAGACGCUCCCCAUCGGCAAACCUCUGCUGGCCACGCCCACAGAACCUACCUCGGAGGCCGUCGGCCCCGCCCCCGCCCCCUCCGCGGCUCCACCCGCCACCGCACCACGCUCCGGCCAAUCGGACGCCGGCUCUAACCCCGACCCCGCCGUGGCCAUGGACACCAGCUCGGCCUCGCCCACCGCCUCGGACAGCGGCGAGGAGGAGGUGAUCGGCUCCGUGACCCGGGCCCACCAGGAGACCUUCAUGUACAACCAGGAGCAGAGCGGCCUGGCCGCCGAGGCCCCGCCCCCUCCGGACCCCCUGAACGGCGGCUCGGCCCAAAACGUCACGAACCUCCGCGCAGAGGAGCGUCAGGACGCCUGGAACCACUGCAACAACGUGGUCACCGUGGCAACGCAGGACCCCCCCUCCAGCCUGGGCCCCCAGGGUCAGGAGGACGACGCCCACAACCACUGCCCCUUCAGGCUGUCCAGGAGUGCCGCCGCCGCCCACUGUCCGGCCUACACACACGGAGCUUUCGCCGCUCCGCCCUCAGAGGGCCACGCCCACGCGGCCGACAGCGGGCCCCUGUGGAGAGGAGGCAACCGAAUGCAUCUGGUUUGCCCGAUGAACACCUCCCCUCACGUGGACCCUCAGAAGUCCGGCCACGAGGUGUGGGAGGAGUUCUCCCACAGCUUCACCCCCGCCGUCAGGGAGGUGGUGGAGUUUGCCAAGAAGAUCCCCGGCUUCAGAGACCUGACCCAGCACGACCAGGUCAGCCUGCUGAAGGCGGGCACCUUUGAGGUGUUGGUGGUGCGCUUCGCUUCCCUCUUCGACGUGACGGACCGCACCGUCACCUUUCUGGGCGGGAAGAAGUACAGCGUGGAGACGCUGAGGGCCAUGGGGGCCGGGGACCUCCUCAACUCCAUGUUUGACUUCAGCGAGAAGCUCAUCAACCUGGGCCUCUGCGAGGAGGAGAUGAGCCUCUUCACCGCCGUGGUGCUGGUGUCGGCAGAUCGCUCGGGCAUCGAGAACGUGAACUCGGUGGAGGCGCUGCAGGAGACGCUGAUCCGCGCCCUGCGGAGCCUCAUCGCCAAGAACCACCCCAACGAGUCGGCCACCUUCACCAAGCUGCUGCUCAAGCUGCCCGACCUGCGCUCGCUCAACAACAUGCACUCGGAGGAGCUGCUGGCCUUCAAGGUCCAUUCCUGAAGUCUCCUCUCGCACCCCCCGACACAAACUGUAACGGCCGUGUGACCAGACCUGGGGGUCGGGCGCAUGGACCACCACCUCCACCACCUCCGCCCAUGAGACUUACGGUUCUGUUCCUUCAGGCUACAAACAGAACUUUAAAAAGGGGCAAGAAGAGCGUAACAAGUGAUUGUCCUGUACUGUAGGGCGUAACGCCUGUGUGAUGGUGAUGCGUACACACACACACACUCUGAUUGACGUGUGUGUUUCUUGUGUUUGUGUGUAGCAUUCUGUUUGUUUGCAACCGUACAAACAUUAGAUGCACUUUUUCUGUAUAGCGUAGACUGGUAUAUAUAUAUAUAUUUUUUGCAUUCAUAGUGCAAUACGUGCUUUGAGUUGUGUAUACUUUCAGUGGCGAACGUUACAAUUUGAAUGUGUGCUGUGCUCAUGUGAUCAGGGGAGCGGGGGGGGGGGGGGGACACGCAGACACUGAAAGACUGAGUUAGAAUUCUCUUUCAAAAACAAAAGAAAAAGAAACCGGAGGACGCCAUUUUAAUCUGAACGAAUGGGGGGGGGAGCAAAAGAAGGCGCGGUCUUGUGGUAGAUGUGCUGUGAUUUUUUGGUAGUUGCGGUCGUUUUUUCUAAAUUAUUUUACCAUCGAGACGCUUCGGAGUCUCCGUCGUCGCUUUACGAUUUGUGCUCGUGGAAAUCGAGACGCACCGAACCGACGGAGGUUUCCUCCGACGCGUUUCCCAGCAGCUUGAAUGCAGAUUUCCGUUUGACAAAAACUGUACAGACUUCAGCCGAGUGUCGUGAAACUCACUACGUAGGACGCGUUCCACAUGAAAUACGAUUGUAACGUCACCGAUUGUAAUUUAAACGAGUCGAGCCGAGUUGCCGAUGUUCAGAUAUUUUGCGACGCCGUCUUUUUGUUUCCCCGCUGAUGAAUUCAGAAUGUCGGGCCUUCUUAAUAUCCAGAGCUUCUGUCGUGUUAACAUUGCUGCCAUGUUGCUGCUGUCCUCUGGGAGAGGAUUGCAGUAUGCAUAGAGUUAUAUAUAAAUACAUACCAUCAUACAUAACUGUAUAGAUGAAUAUAUCUAUAUAAAUAAAUUUUAUAAAUGCA